GGCGUCCCGCGCGCGGAGUACGCCCAUGUUCAUUUUGCCAAGAGAGGAAGUUUCAGGGGAAGCUGUUCGGCUCAUAUGUUUAGAUCAAAUCCUGUAGACAAUUCAGGAUACAUUCUUUCCUUCCGGAUAUCAUACAGGGACUGUCUGUCCUCUGCUGCGUGCUGUGUACCCGUGUGAUGCCACAGUGAGACUCCACCAGCAAUAUGAAGAAGCAAUUUCUUCGCGUGAAACAACUCGCCAACCAAACUGUUGGGAGGGCGGAAAAAACAGAAGUUCUAAGCGAUGAACUACUACAGAUUGAGAAGAAGAUAGACAAUGUGAAGCUCGCCACCCACAAUGUGACCAAGAAACUGUCAGCAUGUCAACAGGGUGGGGGGGACAACUUAGACAAGCGCAUGCAUUUCAGAAAGAAAAAGCUUCCACAGUCAGCCCUUUCACAGAGCAUGUUGGAGUCUUCUUCCCUCAUGGGGGAUGAGACACUAUUGGGGACAUUGUUCCAGUUGUGUGGGGAAGGACAGGGAAACCUGGCUAAGGACCUCACCAACUACGAGAUGGAAGUAGAGAAAACAGUCAUGACACCACUCACAAAUCUGCAGGAGGUGGACAUCCCUGCCAUCCAGACCCAGAGAAAGAGGUUAGCUAAGCUAGUACUGGACAUGGACUCAGCCAGAAGCAGAUACCACUCAGCUAUCAGAAGUUCUAACACUGGAGGGAACCAGGCGGCAGCCAUGGCCAAGGCAGAGUCCCUGAAAGAUGAGAUGGACGAUGCACAGAGUCGGAUGAACCUGUGUCGGGAUGCCCUGGCCACCGACAUGUACCAGUUUGUGUCAAAGGAGCAGGAAUAUGCACAUAACCUUAUCAGUUUGGUUGAAGCUCAGAUCAGAUUCCACAGGGCGGCCAUUUCCAGUUUGGAGAAGGUACUACCAGCCAUGAAGGGACAACUAGAACAAGCUAUGAUGAAGCCAGUAUAUGGCCUGUCAUUAGAGGAACACCUGAAGAUUACAGAGAGAGACAUCGCCCUGCCUCUGGAAGCCUGCGCCUUAGCUCUGUUGGAAUGGGGAAUGGAAGAAGAAGGGUUGUUUAGAGUAGCAGGUAGUUCCUCCAAAACAAAGAAAUUGAAGGCUGCUUUAGAUUCGGGAAUCAUUACUGGGCUAGCGGACCUAGAAGAGUAUGUACAGGAUGUCCACUCAAUAUCUGGUGCAUUAAAGUUGUACUUGAGAGAGCUCCCUGAGCCGUUGAUGACCUUCGACUUAUUCCAGGACUGGAUGGAAGCAGGAAGUACUCAAGACCCACAGGUUAAGUUACAGGCACUGUGGAGUGUGUGCGACAGACUGCCCAAGCAAAACUACAACAAUUUUAGAUACUUGAUAAAAUUUCUGGCUACCAUCUCGACCAACUCGGAAGUUAACAAGAUGAGCGCGAGCAAUCUUGCUCUGGUGUUGGCGCCAAAUCUCAUCUGGUCUCGAGAAGAAGGAGGCAAUGGUAUGGAAGAUGCUGCACUUGGUGUCAUGGUUACGGGCGUGGCUUCCAUGAUUGUACAGACCAUCAUCCAGCAUGCUGAUUGGUUCUUUCCUGGAGAGUUUGAUUUCCAGCCGUCCACACCAGGUAGCGCUGGCAGCACACCCCAGGGUUCCAGCACGAUGCUGUCCGCCGUGGGGGACAGCGCGGAACCCGUGAACGGUAGCGGGGACCACAGCCUGCUGGCCGACAAACUCCACGCAGCACACACAGAGAGCACACAACACGAUGUCACACAAUCAGAGGGGUUACUAAAGCAGGGCCCGUUCGGAGUCCCCACCCAGCCUAGUCCACAGGUUAGCCCCUAUGUAAGCCCGCGGGUCAGCCCCACCCUCGGUAGGAAAAAGAAACAGCCCGCCCCUCCCCCUCCUGGUGGAACCCCCGGGCGGGGGUCGCCAGGCGCCGCACAGUUACAGGACACGAGUCUCAGCCCCCAGCCGGACACACCGGUCAGUAUGGAACUGCCCAAAACACCGGAGCGGCGGGUCAGCGGUAACAUGUCCAGACCGUCCGCCCCGCCUCCUCCCAAACCUCGGGACAAACCCAACUCCAGACACUCUUCCAACACCUCGCUCGAUAAAGUCCCUGGACCAGAAACGGCAGACGCAGCCGGCGACAAACCGCCAAGUACGCCGGAGAGAGUUCCCCCCACCCCACCCGGUAAACCACCCCGCCCUGCACCAGCUCGACCAGAGGCACCGCCCAAGAGACCCACCGCGGAACAAAUCAAACCUAUCGUUGAUCCCCCCAACGAAGAAAGCCCCCCUCCCAUCAACGCUCCAGAAAGCCCCCCUCCCUCUAUGGAACCAUUAGAGAAACCCAUCGUAGCAAAAAGGCCAUCCAUGGAGAGAAAAACAGACGUCGGGACAACAGAAAAACUCACACCUCCCCCAGUAGCUGAUCGACCCAAACGGACUGGGUCCACGGGUACUAAACCCCAGCCAGCCCAACGCUCUAUCUCCUGCCCAGGGUCAUCAGAGGAUAGCGAAGAAGCCAGACCUAGGGUUAACAGUAAAGAGGAAGUGGCAGCUCUUUAGAUAACACUGAACACAGAACAAUUAGAUAGAACAUUAUGGUAUGUCCAGGUCUUCUCCUAAAGCAAGUCAUGGCUCUCAACUUACAUGUUCUGGCUGAUAUCACCUUGUCGCAGCGAAACGUUUUUUUUCAACUUUUAUUGUUUGUGAGGAGAGACUGUUGUUGUAAUGUUUCAUGUGUAGGAACCAUUUUCAAAAGCACACCAGAUUGUUUUAAGCUGUGACUGUAUGCUCAUUCGAGGACGUUAUAUAACGCCCUUGGUUCGUUGGAUGUAAAGUACAUUGUACUAUGUACAAAGGAUGACAAUAUUGAUACACAGUAUAGCUAGCAUUUUUUUAUUUAAAAUAUUAACAAUGACUGCCGUAUAGUGCGGCUUUGAACGUUCUACAAAACCUGCUUUCUAUUACACCAGUAAGAUAUUUUAUUAUCAGUAGUUGUUUGAAGGAGUUAGUGGAUGUUUGUGGUUUCCUGAGCAGAAAAGAAGGUGCCUUUGUGAGCAGCAAUCAUGGAAAAGGACAUGUUUAGGGAUUAAGAUAUAGUUUCUUUUUUAUUUUAUCAUAUCAUGAUUAUGUGAAAACACUACCUAUUUGUCAACAUCAAAACACAACUCGAGACUCAGAAAUGGGAACUUGUAAAAUUGGUUUUGAUCCUCAAAACUUCUAUGGCAGGAGUACCAUAGAUGAGUAGAUGGUGUUACAGUAUUUUUUGUCUCGUACAAUUCCACCUUGUGUUUGCAUGCCUUCUUGCAAGACCAAGCACUAUGAAAUGUGUACACUCCCCUGCCCUUUGAUACCAUUAGUUCAAUUUAUGGAAUUAUGAAAUAUUUAAGUACAAUGUAGCAGGACAAAUGAAAGUAUGCUCUCAAUAGUGAUAUCAUUUGAGGUAACAUAAUUUUUUUUAAAGUGCAUCCUAUCCCAAAUAACAAUGUUCAUAGUAACAGAUCACAAAACAACCUUCUUUUUUUAACCUUUUCUUAGCUAAGGGUGCAUCUGUGCUCCUUAUUUUCAUUAAUUAAAUCAUUGUUCAGCAUGUAGAGAGUAAAAAUGGCAGCACUUGAACAAAAAGAAACAGUCAAAUUCAGCUCAAGUUUUUCUUUCUCUUUUGUGGGAAGGAACGAUUUAUAAAAAAUGAUCAGAGAUCUGUACAUGAAGCCAGUAGCUACGUAUUUGUUUUUGUUUACGUUGUAUUAUUCUGUUAACAAGGGGAAUGAGCAUGCUUUUAAGAAGUGCGUGUAGAUAGCUUUAACAGUUGGAAUCUUGUGCCAGGUUGUCAAGGGCAGAAAAAUUAGCGUCAGAUCUAUAUUGCAUUGCAUUUUUGCACCUUAAGUUUCUUUACUAUGCAACAGCACUGUAUGUAUAUCCUGCUUUACUUUUAGGUAUCCUUAGCUAAGGCAGGGCAAUUGUUACUUUGGGGCCUUUGGUAAUGUUAGCAAAAAAAAAGAAUUAUAUGUAUUAUUUUGAUGGAAAAGUUAGCAUAUUUGAUAUACAGUGUAUUUGUACAUAAAGCAUGGCAGGUUUGUGUCAACAUUUUAUCAUUUCAACAAAGUUCUUUAGAUGCUCUGCAUCUGGAUACGUUUGAGUACUUUGGGGGGAUAUGGAGGCACAGGAAGAUGCCAAGGUUUCCAAGAAUCUACAGCAAUUGUGUUCUUAAAAACCCCAUGUUUACCCCAUAUCCCAAUUUUAUAACCUAAAUUCUGGUGAUACACUGUAUUAUCUUUGGUCUAGAACUCAAAGGGGUAAAAUCGCUUGAACAACCUCCACACUACAUUUUCUGUUCAGUUGUUUUUCACAUUUUAUGUGAUGCCAAGCAAUGACCUUAUGGAUGUUUAAAGCCACUUGCAUAAUCCACAGUACAUAUAUAGCUACCGUAUGUAGGUAAGAUAUUUACAGUUUUAAGAUCAAAAGUCCUAAUACAGUUUUAAAAUCGGGAUAGUGUAAUGUUAGAUAUUUUAUUUGUAACGUUAAUUCGUAUGAUUUUUUAAAAGAUAUGUAAAUCGGAGGAGGUAGAGUUUUCACAAUUUCUUUAUGGCUUUGGCAGAAACCACUUUUGAUUUUAUAUUAAGAAAUGUAACAAACAUCUUUGAAAACAAAAUGCAGUGACAUGCUCUGUACUUGUGAUUUUAUACUUGAGCCACAAGAAUGAAACUAACUAUAAUUUGUAUUAGCAUUUUGCAUACAUUGUGAUGAUACUGUAACUGUGUAUUUGUCCCUGUGCCAUGGGUAUCUGUUAACCAUUGCAAUGAAUGUUUGUAUACAACAUGGGCAUAACAAAAUUAGUUUCCUUUUUAUGCAGGCUGAGAAAAAUAAAUAGUUAAGAAUCUAUUAAAAGAUACAAUAAAGCAAAACAACAUCAG